UUUACUUUCUCGGUCGAGGUUUUGUGUUUUCGUUUCAUUUAGUUUUCGUAUCCUGUUUUUAGUUUUAUUUUCAUUUUACGAUUGUGAUUAAGUGGCGAGCAUUGGCCGGCCGCAUAGAAGCCCAGCGAAAGGAAACCAAAGGGCCACUACAAGUGAGAUAAUAGAAUACGUAACACAGAAAGAUGUUAAAGUUGACAACGUUUCUUAAAUCAUCAAGGUUUUUCUCUACGACCAGUGUCCGUUGGGCAAGUAUUGUUUACGAUUGCUUAUAAGCUGAAACCAAAUCACCUUUGGACUGGCGCUAACAUAUCCUGUCCCGUUCCUGGUAGUUUGUAAAAAUCUGCUGACCUCAAGCGUGCGUAAGAUAAGGUUCGAAAUGGAAUGAAAAAGCACUUUGUUAUCAGUCAUCUGUGCCCGUUUGAUAAUACACGACUAAGUGGACCUGUUGCGUUUGCGUUUCUGUUUAGUUAGCGUAACCUUCUGUAGUAAAAUGAGGAACGCCGAUCGCGUGAACGUAAAAGUGCACCAAGGUACGGUAUGCGGUGUGCGGGAAACUCUUCCGAAUGGAAACGGGUUUUGUGCGUUCCGGGGGAUCCCGUAUGCCAAACCUCCGGUUGGGGAGUUGCGCUUCAAUGCGCCACAACCAUUGGAACGGUUCCCCCAGCCGGUGUUGGAUUGCAGCGUCGAGAGGGACGUAUGUUUCAGCAGAAACAUGUUCACCCAGGAACUGGAGGGAUCGGAAGACUGUCUCCAUCUGAACGUGUACACGCCAGCCGUAGAGCGUGGAGGUAAUCCUUUGCCCGUGAUGGUAUUCAUUCACGGUGGUGCCUUCUUGUUCGGCAGUGGCAACAGUGACUGCUAUUCUCCUGAGUAUCUGCUGCAGGAGGACGUGAUUGUGGUGACGUUGAACUAUCGCCUCGGUUCGCUAGGCUUUCUGCAUCUACCCAGCCAGGGUGUCGAAGGGAACGCCGGGCUGAAGGAUCAGCUGAUGGUGUUGAAGUGGGUGAAACAAAAUAUUGCCAACUUCAACGGUGAUCCGAACAAUGUGACGCUUUUCGGUGAAAGUGCCGGUGCGGCUUCCGUCCAUUUGCACCUUCUUUCACCGGUCUCGCAGCCUUACUUCCACAAGGCUAUCUGUCAGAGUGGUUUGUCGGUAAUGGAGUGGGCCAUGCAGCUUGACUCUGUAGAACGGACGCGCCACUUGGCGAGACUGAUCAAUCCGGAUGCCAAAACCGACGAGCAAGUUUACCGGACGCUCAUGGAUGCGAGUCACGUCGAGCUGAUGGGACUGAUGGUGAAUACACUUUCGGCGGAUGAAAAGCGGCGCGGGUUGCCGAUGCCCUUCAAGCCGGUUGUGGAGGAAAGCGUGGGGCCUGAUACGAUAGUUCCGAUGCAUCCGUUUCACGCCAUGCAGCAACCGAACCGUAUUCCCUCGAUACCGAUAAUUUUUGGUAACAAUAGCGGCGAGGGCAUCAUCAUGAUGCUGGAUGCGGGGAAAAAGCUGGACCUCUAUGACAACGAUAUGGCCCGGAUGAUCCCACGAACGGUGAACGUGGCACCGGAGAGUGCGGCCAGCGAGCGGCUGGGCAGCGAAGUUAAACAGUUUUACUUUGGUUCGGCCGGUGUUACGGAGGAGAGUGCUCACAAGUUGGCCGAUCUGAUGACCGACUACCACUUCGACAUUCUGGGCAAUACGUGCGCGGAACUACACGCCCGCCAUCAGCACAGUUCGCCAAUGUUUUACUACAACUUUACGUACGACGGUGAGCUGAACAUGUACAAGCGAUUGCUUCAGUUGUCCUACCCUGGCGCAUGCCACGCGGACGAGUUGUCGUAUCUAUUUCUAAUGAGGCUAGCAAAUUAUGACGUUAACCCAGAAACGGAGGCAGCGCAGGUUCGUCGGAAUAUGUGUCGAAUGUGGACAAAUUUUGCCAAACACGGUCAUCCAACGCCACCCAACGACCAGAGCAUAACGUACCGAUGGGAACCGGUGGAUAAAAUACCUCCGACUGCCUCGAGUGAUUCAUUCCAGCUGCAGUGCUUGGACAUCAACGCGGAGCCAAAAAUGAUACUGAAUCCAAAUGGCGAACGGAUUCAAUUUUGGCGGAAUGUCUACAGGCAGUGGAAUGACAACUUUUUGAAAGUCAAGUUGUAAAACAACGCAACGUGUGGGAAAUGGACGCAUUUGGAAGCGCCGGGUGUUGGGAGUAUAAUGGGAUGCAAUGUGGAAAACCUUUUUACGAAAUUAACAAUUAUGUGCAAUAUAAAAAAACAUUGUUUCUUUAUUUCUCUCUUUCAGUAGAAGGCACAUUUAAUCGAUGUUCGGGAGCAGAUGGGAUCCGUUAAACAUUUUGUACAGCUUUUUCCAGAAUUUGAAUCUCUCGGAGAAGCAAUCCGGCACCAUUGAAUUGGCUUGUUCGAGGCCGCGCAGUUCCAUGGCCGGCAGUUGAAAUUCUUUCGAAUCGUCAUCCAAAUGCGGCACGGCCAUCCAGCUGGGCAAACUUGAGCUGGGGUUUCCUUCCCGCGCCAAAGUGGUCCAUAAACCGCAUAUAAACUUCCUCAUCUGGGCCGCUUCCGAAUGUUCCUCGACCGCGGAGGUGUUGAAAAGCGUAGAGCUAGAACGAUGAUAAAACUUAAUGACUCUUGACAGAGAGCUACAUACGACUAAUCGCACCGCACCUGAAGAGAUAGUACACAUCAUCACCGUGGGCAGC